GGGGGAGGAGAAAGGAGCGGAGGAGGCGGCUCCCGCGCUCGCCGGCCGUGCCACCUGCCCGCUCGCUCGCCGCCGUCGCGCUCACCGCCGCCAACAUGCAGCCGAGACUGGGCGGCCCCGCGCUGCCGCUGUUACUGCUCUUGCCUCUGCUGGGCGCGGGCGGCGGCCGCGGGGUGCGCGCAGAGGUGCUGUUCCGCUGCCCGCCCUGCACGCCCGAGCGCCUGGCCGCCUGCGGGCCCCCGCCCGCCGCGCCGCCCGCCGCCGCGUCCGGGGCCGCAGGCGACGCCCGCGCGCCGUGCGCCGAGCUGGUUCGCGAGCCGGGCUGCGGCUGCUGCUCCGUGUGCGCCCGGCUGGAGGGCGAGGCGUGCGGCGUCUACACACCGCGCUGCGCCCAGGGGCUGCGCUGCUAUCCCCACCCGGGCUCCGAGCUGCCCCUGCAGGCGCUGGUCCUGGGCGAGGGCACUUGCGAAAAGCGCCGCGACGCCGAGUACGGCGCCAGCCCCGAGCAGGUUGCAGACAAUGGCGAUGAGCACUCCGAGGGAGGCCUGGUUGAGAACCACGUGGACGGGACCAUGAACCUGUUGGGAGGCGGAGGCAGUGCCAGCCGGAAGCCCCUCAAGUCAGGCAUGAAGGAGCUGGCCGUGUUCCGGGAGAAGGUCGCUGAGCAGCACCGGCAGAUGGGCAAAGGCGGCAAACAUCACCUCGGCCUGGAGGACUCCAAGAAGCUGCGGCCGCCCCCUGCCAGGACCCCCUGCCAGCAGGAACUGGACCAGGUCCUGGAGCGGAUCUCCACCAUGCACCUUCCGGAUGAACGGGGCCCCCUGGAGCACCUCUACUCUCUACAUAUCCCCAACUGUGACAAGCAUGGCCUGUACAACCUCAAACAGUGCAAGAUGUCUCUGAAUGGGCAGCGUGGGGAGUGCUGGUGUGUGAACCCCAACACUGGGAAGCUGAUCCAGGGAGCCCCCACCAUCCGGGGGGACCCCGAGUGUCAUCUCUUCUACAAUGAGCAGCAGGAGGCACUCGGGGUGCACAGCCAGCGGAUGCAGUAAACGGCAGCCAGCCGGUGCCUGGCACCCCUGCCCCCAGCCCCUCUCCAACACCCGUGGAGGGAGGAGAGCUGCGCGUUUGGCAGGUGGGGGAGGAUUUUCCAGGAGGUUUGACACGCAUAUUUAUAUUUGGAAAGAGGCCAGCACCGAGCCCGGCACACCCCGUGCCUCCCCACUCCCCAGCAGGAGAUGCCUGCGCCCUCCUCUUACAGUCCCUGCCGGGGUGAAAGGGGUCAUCAUGGUGGCAGAGCUGGGGGAGAGGUUUGGGAAGGGGGAAAAAGAAAUUUUUAUUUUUGAACCCCUAUUUCUCUUUUGCUUAAGAUUAAAGAAAGGAAAAAUAAA